ACUUUCUCUAGUGGCAGUUAUAGGCAGUUUUGGGGAGCUCCUUGGGCAAUUUCUCUCUAUCUCUUUCCCAUGUUUCCCUCCUUUUCCUCUAUCCUCAUUCAAACUAAGAUUGCUCGAAGCUGCUCCCUCCUUUUGUCCAAGUCCUAAUUUAACCCUUAUACAUCCCAAGGCCCUGCUGCCUCUUGGGGGUCUGGGAGGAUGCAGAAGGAGACAGGGAGGGGACUCAUCUGCCCCCUCAGGCCCUCUUCUUUUCCCAAGCUGCCCCUCACUCAGGCUGCCUCCCUCCCUCCCUCUGUUGGUGGCAGGCUCUCCCCUGAGGGCAGGCCUGGCCCUGGGUGACUCCUGUGGUCCCUCCACCUGUGGAGAUCCCUGUGGGGCAGCCCCCAGCCUAAGUAGAGAAGGAGAAACCUCUGCCCCUCUGGGUCCCUUCUCCCUCCCCAGCUCCGGGUGCAGAGGCCCAGGGCCUGGCCCCAGGAGGGAUGGGGCUGAGCCAGAGGCCAAGCUGGGAGGGAGAUGAGGACAGCUUUCUUCUCAGGAUCAACCAAGAGCAAUUGGCCCAGAGAGUGAGCCCAAAGGCAGUGAGGGGGCUCCAGGCCAUCUCCUGUUUCUCAGAAGGGCAGAGAAGUCAAACGUUCCCUGGGAAAGGGACGCCUUAGUUAGGAAGAGCUUUGACUGGAGCUUCAUUCAGGGGGUCAGAAUGUCAGGGGAAGGGGAGCAGGACCCCGAGGGGGAGAAGGCCCAGGAAAGAUGGAGGAACUUCACCAAAGGGACUCAUGGGGGCUACUUUGCUGCCUCUACAGGGAGCCUGGAGGCAGAGGGAAUGGCCUUUGAGAGGGACAGACUCCCAGCCCAGGAGGCUGUGACAUUCAAGGAUGUGGCUGUGGACUUCACCCAAGAGGAGUGGUGCCUCUUGACCUCUCCCCAGAAGGAGCUGUACAAGGAGGUGAUGCUGGAGAAUGCCUGGAACCUGCUGUCUGUGGGGCUUGCAGUUCCCAGAGAAGAUGUGAUCUCUUCUUCUGAGCAAAGGGCAGCCCCCUGGAUACUAGAGCAAGAAGGCCUGAGAAACUGCCAUCCAGAAGGAGAGAUCAGACCUGAAAUGAAGAUGACUCCAACAGAGGCAAGCCUUUCCAUGAAAGAAGGUGACCAAGAAAAAUUCAGGAGUGAAGGUCAUGAUAACUUCGCUUGGAGAGAAUUCUGUGUUGAAUCUCAAAAUUCCUCUCUUACAGAACAUCAAAGAAUGCACAGUGAGCAAAAACCUAGUGAAUGUGAUCAAUGCGAAAAGACUUUUAUGCACAGAGCCGGUCUUGCUGGUCAUCAGAGAUUCCACACUGGGGAGAAACCUUAUCAAUGCAAGCAAUGUGGAAAGACAUUUAGUGCAAACUCCAAUCUUAAAAAACAUCAGAGAACCCACACUGGGGAGAAACCUUAUCAUUGCAAGCAAUGUGGAAAGACAUUCAGUCAAAGCUAUACUCUUAUUGUGCAUCAGAGAACCCACACUGGAGAGAAACCUUAUGAAUGCAAGCAAUGUGGAAAGACAUUUAGUAAAAGCUAUAAUCUUAUUGUGCAUCAGAGAACCCACACUGGGGAGAGACCUUAUGAAUGCAAGCAAUGUGGAAAGACAUUCAAUCAAAGCUCUCAUCUUAUUGGACAUCAGAGAAUCCACACUGGGGACAAACCUCAUGAAUGCAAGCAAUGUAGAAAGACAUUUAGUGCAAGUUCCAAUCUUAGAAAACAUCAGAGAAUCCACACUGGGGUGAAACCUUAUGAAUGCAAGCAAUGUGGAAAGAAAUUUAGUGCAAGCUCCAGUCAUAGAAAACAUCAGAGAAUCCACACUGGGGAGAAACCAUAUGAAUGUAAGCAGUGUGGAAAGACAUUCAGUCAGAGGUCCAACCUUACCAAACAUCAAAGAAUGCACACUGGGUCGAAACUUGAUGAAUGCAAGGAAUGUGGAUAGACAUUAAUAUGGAGCUCCAUUCUUGCUGGACAUCAAAGAAACCUCAGUCUUUCACACCGAGCUCUCACCUUGCUCUAAAUCAAACAAUUCGCUCUAGAAUGUCAUUAACUCUACUCAUGGGUAUAACUCUACUCUCCAAAUGGGUAUAAGAUUUAGACCUGAAGUGUUAUGCCAUAAGCAAAUUAAGGAAGCAUAGAAUAGUUUUAUAUCCCAGGAGUUGGACCCCUCUUGUUUUUACAAACUGCUGACUUCUAAGAUUGUUAGUAAAAGACACCAAGAGUGUAAAGGCCUUUGAAAGGUUGCAUUCACCAGCUUAAUUAGCACUUGAGUCACUAAUUAAGAACUGCCUAUGUUAAGAGAUAUGAUCAUCUUUUUCUAUUUUUAUAUGUCAUAAAAUUUAUCUCUAUCAAAAAAGGCCAACUUCUAAGGCUCAGGGUUUCUGGUUCUGAUGGGACCAGGGUCCGGUUUUAUUGUGAGGUGGGCCUCCUCUCAAUAAACCUAUUAUUUAGCUUGGAGUUCUGUAUUGGUAUGAUGGAUGUUCACCACAGAAUCCAUAAUAAAUAUCAGUUCCGAGGGAGAAGAGUGAUAAGGGCCAGGCAAAGGGGAUUAAGUGACUUGCCUAGGAUUACACAACUAGGAAAUUAAGGUCACAUUUGAACUCAAGACUUCUUGACUUCAAGUCUAGCACUUUAUCUUCCUCCUCCUCUAGAUAAUUCACUCUCUUUUUUAAAACCACUGCCAGGCUUUCUGAGUAAUUAUACUUCCUUUUGACCCCUGAUGAAGAAAAGAUUCACAGGGGACACUUGUAUCAUCACCCUAAAAGACAUAGGCUCUAUCUUCAGUCUGAUAAGGAUUUGUGGUCCCAAACUAGCUGCCAGUAGGCAUCUAUCCUUGGUCUGAGACUCCUACUUGCCCUGGGGCAGAGUCUUUCCCCACUCAUCCCACUCCUAGCCAAACCCUAUCCCCAGUGCCUACAUCUCCCUCUGUCUUUCCUCUAUUGGACAAAUGGACAGGACAAAUGGCUCAGUCUUUUCCUUACUGGGUCACAAGAAAGUUUUUUUUUUCUCUGUUGGAAAGGGAAGAGCCUUUCUGUAAUGAUUCCUGCUUAUUCUCCCUCCCACCCCACAGUCUUCUCCACCCAUGUCUCCACAUCACUCCUCCCUCAGACAUCAAAAUGAGGAAACAAAACUCACAGUUCUUCUUGGAUAUGGGUUCUUCAAGAAGUCAUCUCAGCCCAGGAUAACAUUGGGGCCAGACUGAAGGGGUCUUGGUCUCCCCUAGGCUGCCCCAGGCUCCUCAGGCUGCAGAGAUGAGGUCCUUUUCUUCAGAUGUCCCCACUGGUCCUUCCUUAUGCCUGGUUGCUGAGGGAUUUAUAACUCAAGGGGGGAAGUGACUAACUUGGUUGUUUCCUCCCUGAGGAGAAACGGUGGAGCAUUCCAGGAGGCAAGAAGGAAGAUGGGAGUGGGGAGUCACUCUUCUACUCCCAAGGAUGACUCAAAGGGAGCCCAUCCUGAGCUAAGGGGAGAACCUCAGGUCAUUUCAAACAAGUCUCAGUGCACAUUUUUUCCAAUUAUAUUUUUAAGAUCUCUAUUCAUUCUUCCUACUUGGCCUGAGUUCUUGGGGUGAUAGGGUACAUGGAACUGGGGACUGAUCCCCAAGCAAGAAUAAAUCUGAGACAAAACAGAAUUAGUAAAAUGAGUUCCCCUGUCUGAAUCAAUUUGUGCUGGUGGGCCAAAGCAAGGAACGAUCUCCCUUAAGAGAGCCUUAGCAACAAAAGCUGCUAAGGCCAGACAAACUUUAUAAUGUCCAGCCUUAAGCAUGGUAAUAAAGUCAAUUUGUAAAUGAAAAGGUAUGUAAGCCAGAGGAUGCCCACCAAAAGCUUUGUCAUGAAAAGCAUGUUAAUUGGAACAGGCAGCACAUACUUUAAAGGUGUGUGUACAAGGGGCUAUCCACAGCUUUUUAACAGAGUCUUCAAUGCCCUGAGUGUCAAAGUGAAUGUUCUUGUGAAGAUAUAGGCAUAUUUAGUGAUAAAAAAAACUUCUGGGCAGUAGGGAUUUUCCUUCAAAUGACACCCAUACCCCACUGAUCUGUUUUAUUUUAAACUUUUGUUUCCAUUUUUCCACCUCCUAUUCAUUAUAAGAAAGAGAUAAAAUUGAGUCAUUACUAGGUGUCAAAGUUAAAAUCAAUUCAGCUCCUUUUUUUAUUUAAUCAAUCA